AUGUCUUCUGGUCAGCGUAUAAUAGCUUUCAUAGGCCUGGGUGUGAUGGGGUUCCCAAUGGCCAUCAACCUCCGCAAGAAUAUCGGACCCAGUGCGACUAUCCUGAUAUGUGAUGUGUCAGCGGACGCGGUCGCGAAUUUUCAAAGCCAAACAACUGAUCAAGGGCUUGUACAAGUGGUUGAAAAUGGCUUCGAGGCAGUCCAAAAAGCGGAUAUCGUGGUCACGAUGCUACCCAAUGGAUCUGCUGUAGAGAGUGUCUAUCUACACGCAGACACUGGGAUCUUAUCAGGCAUUCGGCACCGCAAUAUAAAGGCAACAAAGGAGCUGAUUAUCAUGGAAUGCGGUACGAUCGAGUCCGCUACCAUCCAGAAAGUGGCGCAGGUCACUGAAAGUCUCAAUAAAGACUUCCAGGGUGUGAAGUUCGUUGAUGCCCCGGUGUCAGGGGGUCCGAUGGGGGCCCAGGCAGGGACUCUUACCUUCAUGGUAGGCGGGGAGCCGGCCUCAUUCAAGGCGGCGAGGGAAAUACUCCAACAUAUGGGAAACCCAGAUGGAAUUUUCCAUUGCGGGGACGUCGGCGCUGGAACGGCAUUCAAGGUCAUCAACAACUAUCUGUCAGCAAUCACUAGCCUCGCGGCCAGCGAAGCCCUGAAUAUUGGUGCGAAGAUGAAGCUAGAUUUGAAGGCAUUGACGAAUGUCAUUAAUGUCAGCGGUGGUCAAUGCUGGGUCACAUCUAAAAGUAAUCCGGUGCCCGGCAUCCAUGCAGAUGCGCCCGCGAGCCGAGGAUAUGAAGGUGGGUUCCGCAUUGAAUUAUGCUCCAAGGUGUUACAGAUGGGCAGCGAUUUGGCGAACGCGGUGGGUGCGAGGACCAUUCUGGAUAAACCGACGUUAAAUGCGUUCAAGGAGGCGAGCAAUGAUCCUCGCUAUAAGGGAAAAGAUGCACGCGUGGUGUACAAGUGGCUGAAUGAGCAGUCCUAG